UUCUCUCUCCUUCUCCCUCCUCGCGCCUACUCUUUCUUUGCUCUCGUAGCAGAGGAGAGAGAAACUUGGAGAACUCUCCUCUUGCUCUCAAUCUAUCUUCAUAUACUAUACCCAAUACAUACAUAUCUACAAUCAUAUUCAAUUUUUCAAAUUCAGUUUUCGUUGAUUCUUCUAUUCACCUGUUCUCUUUCUUAAUCAAUUUUCCGGGAAGAUAGUUGAGUUAUGCAGGCUGAUCAGACGGUGCUAAGCUUGAGACCUGGUGGCGGCGGAGGAAAUCGAGGAAACAGAACCCUUGUACCUCGAUUUGAUUCAUCUGCUUUAGGUGGUUCAGAUCUUCCUGGUUUUCGUCCUCAUGGCGGUGUUUCUCAUGCUUUCUCUAUCAAGUCUGGAGAUUCACGCUUUGAAGCACGCGAACGUGUUCGGUACACUAGGGAUCAACUUUUGCAACUUAGAGAUGUUGCAAAGAUUUCAGAGGAGAUAGCUAAAAUUAAGCAAGAUGUUGAAUCCGAACUUUUUGGCGAAGAGCAGGUCUGGGGCCGUGAAAGCACGACUGCAAUUCAACCUCCCAACCGAUUCUCGGAACCUGAUGAGCGUGAUUGGCGUGGCCGGUCAGCGCAACCUCCUGGCCCUGAUGACCAGGGUAGAUCUAGGGAAGCUAACCGUGGGACUAGAGAUUUUGGCAGCCAACAAGAACCUAACCGCCAAGAUCAACUUAACUCUCAGUUUGCAAGGACACAGAUAUCUGGCCAAACGAUUGGACAAUCUCCUGCUCUAAUCAAAGCGGACGUGCCAUGGUCAGUUAGAAGGGGAAAUCUCUCGGAUAAGGAUCGUGUCUUGAAGACAGUAAAAGGGAUAUUGAACAAACUGACUCCUGAGAAGUUUGACGUCCUCAAGGGUCAGCUUAUUGAUUCUGGCAUCACUAGUGCUGAUAUUUUGAAGGGAGUUAUUUCUUUGAUAUUUGAUAAGGCUGUACUUGAACCUACCUUUUGUACUAUGUAUGCACAACUGUGUUCUGAUCUUGAUGCAAAGCUCCCUCCUUUUCCAUCCGAUGAACCUGGUGGUAAAGAAAUCACGUUCAAGAGAGUACUAUUGAAUAAUUGUCAGGAGGCUUUUGAAGGUUCUGACCAACUUAGGGCAGAACUAAGUCAGAUGACCUCCCCUGAGCAAGAAAUGGAGCGUAGAGACAAAGAAAGAAUGCUAAAGCUUCGAACCCUUGGUAAUAUUCGCCUUAUUGGCGAGCUUUUGAAGCAGAAAAUGGUGCCUGAAAAGAUUGUUCAUCAUAUUGUUCAGGAACUCUUAGGACCUGACAAUAAGGUCUGUCCAGAAGAAGAAAACGUGGAAGCCAUAUGCCACUUCUUUAACACUAUUGGUAAACAACUUGAUGAAAAUCCUAGAUCGAGACGUGCUAAUGAUGUAUACUUCAAUCGUUUAAAGGAACUUGUGUCCAACUCACAACUGGCUCCAAGGCUGCGAUUCAUGAUUCGAGAUAUCAUUGAUUUGCGCUCAAAUAAUUGGGUUCCUAGACGAGAAGAGGUCAAAGCAAAGACAAUUACAGAAAUUCACAUGGAAGCAGAGAAAACCAUGGGUCUUCGGCCUGGUGCAACCGCAAGCAUUAGAAGUGGUCGUGUAACUGGUUCUUCUAGUGGUCAAGGAAAUCUAAGUCCUGGCAGUAACUUCCCCAUGAACCGCCCUGGAUCUGGUGGAAUGAUGCCGGGCAUGCCUUCCGGAACCAGAAAGAUGCCCGGAAUGCCCGGGCUCGAAAACGACUGGGAGGUGGUUCUUAGGUCCCGCCCAAUGCCUAGAGGUGAUGGACCAAUUCUGCAGGGACGUGUCCAACCACAAUUGAUCGGAAAGUCACCUUCAUUAACCUCGAAAUUCCUUCCCCAGGGUAGUGGUGGUUUGGUAAGUGGCAGGACAAGUGCCCUUUUGCAAGGCAGUGGUCCCGAACCUGUUAGGCCUGUAACCAUACCUGCAACCAAGCCAGCGGUGGUCACCGUUCUUCCUCCACCUCCUGUUACGACUCCGACUCCAAUAAAGAAUUCCGAAGCACUUAAGAGGAAGACAAUCUCUCUUCUCGAGGAAUACUUUAACGUUCGGAUGUUGGACGAGGCUUUACAGUGUGUGGAGGAGCUGAAUUCUCCGGCUUAUCUUUCUGAAUUCGUUAAAGAAGCAAUUUCCCUCGCCCUCGAGAAAAUUCCACCCUGCACUGAUCCGAUAGUGAAACUGUUGGAAUACUUGUUGGUUAAGAAGGUUUUGACUGAGAGAGAGAUAGGAACCGGGUGUCUUCUCUAUGGGGAAUUGAUGGAUGAUAUAGCGAUUGAUUUGCCAAAAGCACCAAAUAACUUUGGUGAGGUGAUUGGGAAGUUGAUACUGGCUGGAGGUCUCAACUUUAAGGUGGUGCACGAAAUACUGAGUAAGAUUGAGGAUGAUUUGUUUCGGAAAUUGGUGUUUACUGCUGCAAGGAGCGCUGUGGGUUCGAAUCUAGCGGAUAAUAUGGUGUCUGAUGUCGAGGCUUGCGAGAGCCUUCUUAAAUGAAUAAAACUCGACACCCCUUAUCUCGUCUACAGGUAAUGAUUUUAUCUGAGGAAUUGGAAACAUUUUGUUUGAUGAGGUGAUUCUUGGUGGCUAAAGUUGUUUAUUGCAAUAUGUUGUUUAAUGUUAUAAGACUGUGUUUAAGUGAGAUUAUUUUUGUUCCCUUUUUGCAACAGCUAGUUCAUACACAAAGACUAGAUUUUACCUUUUUUUUUUUUGAUCUUUUACCAUUCUGUUUACAGAGAAUUAAAGUGUCAUCUAAGUAUUUAUUUGGUGGAUUUUCUUAUUUGAUCAAACUUAAUUUGCUUUUGGAUUUA